AAGAUCGAUCAUUGCAAAAUAAAGAAUGAAACUUGUAUAUAUACUACUACAUUGUUCUCAGAUUUCUUUUUUGUGAAUUCAUGGCGGAUCUUCAAGUUAAUCAACCAGAAAUGAUGAAAGCUAUAAUCUUCAUGUCUUUGUUUUUCUUCUUUCUCAUUCAUAUAAGUUGUAACUGGUUCCUGCCUAAUCGGGUUACAUACCUUCUCCGCCCAGGGAUGCAGCAGCAAACGGACAUGAAACUGAAGCUACCAGAAAUGACGAACACCAACAACCCAUCUACAGAUGACAAUGAGUGCACUGUUCGAGAACAAGACCGUUUCAUGCCAAUAGCAAAUGUGAUCCGAAUCAUGCGAAAGAUCCUCCCUCCACAUGCCAAGAUCUCUGAUGACGCCAAAGAAACCAUCCAAGAAUGUGUUUCUGAGUACAUUAGUUUUGUGACGGGCGAAGCCAAUGAUCGCUGCCAGCGUGAGCAGAGGAAGACCAUCACCGCUGAAGAUGUCCUGUGGGCUAUGAGCAAACUGGGAUUUGAUGAUUAUAUCGAGCCUUUGACUGUCUAUCUCCAUCGCUACAGGGAAUUUGAUGGCGGUGAACGUGGAUCCAUAAGGGGUGAGCCACUUGUCAAGAGGGCUGCUGAUCCUGGCCCAUAUGCUUUUGUGCCUGCUGCUUUUCAUCAUCAUAAUGGCUUCUUUGGUCCUGCUAGCAUUGGUGGUUUCUUCAAGGAUCCAUCAGUUGCUGGCCCUUCUGGACCUACUGCUGUUGCUGGUUUUGAGCCAUAUGCUCAUUGUAAAGAGUAACUGAGAUGGUAACAAUGAGACGUUGACGUUCUGUUUGCUACUCGUUUAGUUUUCUUUCUUUUAUCGGUCAUUUAUCUUUUUUCCUGCUUAACAUUUAUGGCCUGUGUUGCAC